AUGAAGCUAACUGGAGCAUCUUUGGGAGGCAAUAAUGCAGGUCAUACCGUUGUUGUGGAUUCUGUGGAGUAUGACUUUCAUCUUCUGCCAAGUGGCAUCAUCAAUCCAAAAGUUACAUCAUUCAUUGGAAAUGGUGUAGUAAUUCAUUUGCCAGGACUCUUUGAAGAAGCUGAAAAGAAUCUGAAGAAAGGAAAAGGGCUAGAAGGCUGGGAAAAGAGACUAAUAAUUUCUGACAGGGCUCAUAUUGUAUUUGACUUCCACCAAGCUGCUGAUGGAAUUCAAGAACAGCAAAGAGAACAAGCAGGAAAGAAUUUGGGAACUACCAAGAAAGGAAUUGGGCCAGUAUAUUCCUCAAAAGCUGCUCGAAGUGGACUCCGAAUGUGUGAUCUUGUUUCUGAUUUUGAUGAAUUUUCUGAGAGGUUUAAAGUGUUAGCCAAUCAGUACAAAGCUAUAUACCCUACCUUAGAGAUAGACAUUGAAGGGGAGCUGAAAAAGCUGAAGGGCUACAUGGAGAAAAUAAAACCAAUGGUGAAGGAUGGUGUCUAUUUUAUGUAUGAGGCUUUGCAUGGAUCACCAAAGAAGAUCUUAGUGGAAGGUGCAAAUGCAGCCCUACUGGACAUUGAUUUUGGCACAUAUCCUUUUGUGACCUCCUCGAACUGCACGGUUGGGGGUGUUUGCACAGGCCUGGGCAUGCCGCCGCAGAACGUGGGGGAAGUGUACGGGGUUGUGAAAGCCUACACCACCAGGGUCGGCAUCGGUGCCUUUCCUACGGAGCAAGAUAAUGAAAUUGGAGAAUUACUGCAGACGCGAGGUAAAGAGUUUGGUGUGACCACUGGUAGAAAGAGAAGAUGUGGCUGGCUGGAUCUUGUAUCGCUCCGAUAUGUCUACAUGAUCAAUGGAUUUACUGCCUUGGCUCUUACCAAGUUGGAUAUCUUGGACGUAUUUCCAGAAAUCAAAGUUGGUGUUGCUUACAAAUUAGAUGGUGAAAUCAUACCUCAUUUUCCUGCCAACCACGAAGUCUUAAACAAAGUAGAGGUCCAGUAUGAGACACUCCCAGGAUGGGACACAGACAUUUCAAAUGCAAGGACGUUUGAUGAGCUGCCUGUAAAUGCACAGAACUAUGUUCGCUUUAUAGAAAUGGAGCUAGGUGUUCCUGUUAAAUGGAUUGGAGUAGGGAAAUCCAGGGAAUCAAUGAUCCAGCUGUUUUAAAGAUUUCAGAUGCAUGGAAGAAAGCACACUCCUCAAAAGACUGCUCAUUCUUAAUGCAUUAGUAGCCCGCAAAGCAAAGAUGUUGGAAGGAUAGAUUUUUUGCAUGGAAAGAAAUGCUAGAGUUGAUAUCCCCAAAUCAAUCACUAUUCCUGAAAGAGACUUUAACAUGAACUUGUAUCAGUUCUGGGUCAACUGGCAUUUUCUGGGACAUUUGUUGUCAUUGUUCUUCAUGGUGCCAUCAGAUUUUUUUUCUUUACCUAAUAUUUACUUCAUGAUGUAAUUCUUGUUUGAAAAUCUAAGGUAGCGUUACUUUCAUGACUGUUUGUCUUUGUUACCGUGUCUCUGCUUCUGGCGGUGUUACUUCCCUGAAAUUUUAGACAGUAAAUAUAAUGCAGUUUUGCACAGAUAGUUUUACAUCCUCAUUAUUUGUAUUCCUAAAAGCUGUUGUAUUCUUUAUGGCUGCUCUUGUAAGUGAUUAAAGAGAGGGAUUCUGAUUUUAUAAUGCUAUAAAUGCUGUCUAAAUUAUUGUGUGAUCUUUUUUUUAA